UUCAUAUUUAUAAACCAGUUCUGCAUAUAUUUUUAUUAUAAGUGGCCAGUCAAAACAUGCGGACCGGUUGUGCCUGUUAGACAGUUGUUCGAAUUUUAAACUUGUGUUCUAUAAUUUUUUUAAUAAAUAAAAAAUGUAUUGUGAGUUGCCAGAGUUUCGGAGAUGUUGUUUUUGUUUGCCGUUAAGGAGAGGGGUUUUGACCCUAGCCUAUGUAAACAUAGCAUUAUGUAUAAUGGUAACGUUUCUUACCCUGAAUUUCGGGAGCGCAGAUUUCCGUAUACUCUCUUCGUACUCGGAGAUGCCUUAUGAACUUAAUGUUACCCUGUUCAUACUGGACAUUAUUGUUACCAUCAUCCUGGUAGUCGGACUACACAUGAAACGCGAACUCCUGGCGAGGAUAUACUACUACUUCAUGAUCUUCUCUCUCUGUUCGUCUGUCCUGCUCACCAUUAUUGACGUUGUGCUGAUGAAGUACGCACACUUUAAGAUGUUGGCCGUUUUCAACCUCAUGUUCAGUUUAGUCAUAAACUUCUAUCUGCUGCUCCUAGUGCGCAGUUUGGUAAAGAAACUCCAAGUUUCCAGUGGGAAUACCUUCGGGAACCAGUUGGCAGAGUUCAUAGAGGGUCCAUCUCUAACCCUGAGGGAACCUGACCAAAAUGGCACCGUCACCAUCGCAAUACCGGACGAAAACGCCGAUACUACGAAAACCAAUCAAAUAUUUACAAUCCUGCAAGUAUUAGUGUUGUACAUGAUAGAGGUCGAUGAUCUGAGCGCGAUGCUGCUCCUGCGCAAUGUUAACUACUACGAGAUGCCGGUGAUCUUCACCAUUGCGGCUUGCGUCUUGGAAGUUGCCUUCAAUAUCCUUCUGAUCUAUGGCACUCAUACGAAACGGCCGUCGUACAUUAAGAUUUAUUAUUAUUUCAUGAUUUCCAUGCUGCUGACGUCUGUGAUUUUGGAGAUUUUGUCUGUGUGUAUGUCUCGGGGCUAUGAUGGAUUUUGGAUUUUAUAUUUCAUGUUUUGUCUAAUAAUAAACCUAUACCUGCUCUUCUUGGUGCGGAGUUUGAUCGUGAAACUGGAAGUGUCGGACUGCAACAAGUUUAGCAACCAGUUGGCAGACUUCAUCGACCGCGCUUCUAUGCGGCACAACACGGUCUAUACUGAGAUUGUGGUGCCUAGAGACAGCAAUACUGUCUAAAUUGGCUUCUGGGGUUUACAAUAAAAUGCAUAUAGUUAUUUAAAUGUAACAUUACAAAUCACAUUAACUAAAAUGUCACUUGAAUUGAUCAGUUUUGUUAAUUAUGAUGAUUUAUAUUUUCCGUCUCAUUAUCCAUCAUGCCGAAUACAUCAUUGACCAUGAAAACAUCAUUGUUAUACAACACAGAGCACGGAACGUCAUUUUGCUCGUCCGCUGGCAAGCAAAAUGACGUUCCAUGCACUGUGAUACAAGCUCCAUAUAAAAUUCUAGUCUAAUAGGUAUAUCAGGUUCAAUAUGUUUUAAAUUCUUAGGUACUCAAAUAAAAAUAUUCUACAUUUCGAUACAUAUAGUUAUAAUUGUGUAUAAUAUAUAGAUAUCACACACUGAGCUAAAUUCCUAGAUUUAUUUUUCUUUAUAGACAUUUAAUAAUAGAGAUAAAUACGACCAAGAAGUUUUAAUGACCUGAAAAAGAAAAUAAACAUUUGUAAUAUUUGAAUUUCGACCGAAUCAUUUUUGGAAUCAACAUUUUGUUUGUCUCGAUUUAUUCGAGCUGGCCAUUUAUAUAAAAAAUAUAAACUUAUAGAAAAAAAAUUCAUACUGCCGUCCUUAUCAUAAGUGAAAUAACUAGAUAUGUUCUAGUCUAGAAAAUAGAUAUAUUGCACUUUGACAAGGACGACAGCAUGCCACAGACAAUAAACUUACAGUUGUGUAACUGGCCAGACACAAAACUGUUUGAAACCCAUAAGUAGUAACACGCACUGCUUUCUGAGAUCUGAAAUAAGUUUAUGGGUUAAAACACAAAAAUUCGACAACACGGCGACGUACAGCUAGUUAAAAAAUAGCCUAUAUGCAUACGAAGUGGUAGAAUAUUAUUAUCUUGGGUAAAUCCUAAUAAUAUUUCAAAUUAAUUGUAACACCUCUAAAAAGUACUUAGUCGUCAGCGCGUCCGUUACAAGAAUGCGGAUAUCUCCUUACGAGUAUCCUAUAAAGAAGUACUGCAUAUAUAAUACCUACCCAAGGUAAUCGUAUGUAUAGUGUAGAAAUAUUGUAACAACUGUAUAAAAAUGAGAAAAUUUGUGGUAAACUCGCUCGGUUAAAUAAAUAUCGUGUGUUUGAAAUCGCUAGAGCACAAAAAGUGGCGGUGGUGUAAUGGUUAAGACAUCCGCCUGUGGACCGACAGGUCCCAGGUUCGAAUCCUACUCGUGCCACAUGUGUUUGUAUAACAAUCUCAUCCAUGUAAUAAACCACUCCAUUGAUAAAGUU